CCUGCUGACAAGAAGCACAUGACCAGGCGUGUUUACACCUGCAGACACGGACUCUACGCACACCGUGACUGUGCCGCUGCCUGUCUGUCAAACCAAGACAAAGAUUUGACCUUGUGUCAGGACGUGAUUUGCUUUGAGGACACUCUCUGGGAGUCGCUCCAGGGAGCCUCUGCGGAUCUGUCCCCAAGAGAAAGUCUCCACCUUUGCUCCGUGGCUUCAGGAAGCCCAUCUCCUUGAUAAAUACAAUGGACAACACAGAUGUAGAACAGGUGACUCUGGCUCUGCUAGAUGCAGCCAAUGAUAAGGACUCUGAGGUCCAGGAUCAGGUCAGAAAGUCUAUGUUGACUUUGGGAAAACAGCAGCCAGACAGAGUGCUAGCUAUGUGCCAGGACUACCUCCUGAAAAAUCCCAAGCUGGUAGUAAGUCACAGAGUUGUGAUUCUUCAGACCAUUAAGCUGAUUGUUGGCUGCAGGAUAGAGGAGAUCAGUGCUCCCAGAAUAAAAAGCAUUAUCUCACUAGCUUCAGACGAAAUGACCAGAUCCAAGGAAGUCAUCCCUGAUUGGCAGCAGGCAGCCAGUAACAUCUUGGUUGCUGUGGGAAACAAACACAUCAAUGACAUCAUGGAGGAGAUACUGAGCAAGUUCCAGCCUGGGGUCCUACCUCACUUCUUCGUGGUCCAAACACUGACCAACCUCUCUGACUCAAACGUUUAUGGGAUGGUACCAUUCCUGAAUGCCAUCCUGGGAACAAUGUUGCCAAUGCUGGGCAUGGCCAGACAGGACAACAUGAAAUGGGUCUUUUCAUCUGCUCUGUGUCAUUUCAGUGACAGCAUCCUGGAGUACUUGGCCAACCUGGACAAAGCUCCAGAUCCCACAGUCAGAAAAGAUACGUUCUCCGGUGAAAUCUAUGCUGCUUUUGACAUUCUCUUCAAUAACUGGUUACAGAGCAGGGAGCACAAGCUAAGGCUGACAGUGGGUGAGGCAGUGGGCUCUAUGUGUCAUCUGAUGGCCAGUGAUAAACUGGAGGAGCAGAUCCCCAGAAUCAUCCCUGCCAUCGUGUCCCUGUACAAGAAAAACACGGAGCACUACGUCAUCAGUAAGAGCUUGUGCCAUGUCCUCGAAGCCUCGGUCAACAUGGGCAGCAGAGUGCUGGAGACACAGGUGGACAAUCUUCUCCUAGCACUGCAUCAGCAGGUUUCUGCUCUUGUUGAUUACAGUGACCCUCCUACUGUCAAGAACCACAAUGAAGCCUUGCGUUGCUUCAGCUUGCUUGCCAACUCUUUUCCAGACCGGACUGUUAUGUAUGUUCUGCAGAAGUUGGAGAACAGCAAUGAACGAAGCAGGAUGGGCUCCCUGGCCGUUCUUCGUCACCUCAUAAACUCCUCCUCCUUUACAAUGGAGAGCAAAAAGCUUCUUAUUCUGGCCAGUAUCAGGCAGCCAAUGGCAGACCACAGCAACAAGGUGAAGAGGUGUGUGGUCCAGGUAAUCAGCGCCAUGGCUCAUCACGGUUACCUGGAAUUAGAGGGAGGGGAAUUACUGGUCCGAUUCAUUGUUCAAAACUGUGCUUUACAUGACACAUACCAGUCCCACCAUAGACCCACUACGGAUCCGGAGGAGGUGACUAAUGAGGCGCUAAGAACAAUGUGUGAUAGCACCCUCCAUCUCCUUACCACCACUGUUGGCCGACUAGCUGAUGUGCUUUGGCCCAAGUUGCUGUACUAUCUGACACCUUCACAGUACAGUAAUGCCACAACUCCUCUCUGUAAAAGUCUCAUAGUGUUGGGGAACAAGAAGAAGAGCAACCAGGAGCCCAGCUUCAAGAUAGAUUUCACACAGGAGGUAAAUCUCCCAUCUCCUCAGACUCUAAUGAUCAGACUGCUGGUCAACGCAGCGUUUCCUUUUAAUAGCAGAGGUCAUGGACCUCCGUCGCUCUCGCUCCUACAAAUCCUCAGCAUCAACAUUCACCCCAACACAGAGACAGUCUGGGAGAAAGAAAUACCUCUUCUUCUUUCCUUACUUGACGAGUCAACGGCAGAGAGUCUGGAUAAGAAGCAGUGGUAUGAGAAAAUGCUGGAGCUCUUGUCUAACACCCUGGUGUCGAUUGGUGAUGACAAGUGGGUUUGUCAGUUUGCUGCUGAAGCAACCAGAUACCUUUCUACAUACAACAAUGCCCUGGAGGAGAAGAGCUUCCUGUAUCGUUGUAUCGGAGUGACCCUCCAGCAGUGUUUCAAUAAGGAGGUUGUAAAAAAGCAACUACAGGAAGUUCUCCUUGUGGCGCGGCACAAUGAUGCAAUUGAGAGAGAGGGAGUUGCGAUAGGUGUCGGUCUGUGUGCCAGCAGCCAUUUAGAGGGAACUUUAGCCAAGCUUGAUGAGUAUGGCAAAUCGGACGCAUUUAAAAAGUCACCAAGCAUCUUCAACCUCCUCAAAGAGCGUAAUGAAGUCGAGGUGGAGAAGGUGAAGAGCACAUUAAUCCUGUGCUAUGGCCACGUGGCUCUGAACGCACCUUCAGAGAAGAUUCUUAACCGCAUUGAUCAGGACAUCUUACGCUGCAUCAGUAAACACUUCAACACAAAGGUUCUUGGGAUUAAAGUAGAGACAAAGGACCUGACUAUGAAGCUUAGUUUGAUCCAGAGUGUUGGGCUCAUAGCCAAAGCUAUCAGUAGGUGUGUAAAGAAACAAGGCUACAUUUUCUCACGCAAGCAGGAGCUCGUCACUGUUAUGCUGGAUUUUAUCAAGUCUGAGCCAUCUGAUUCAUUAAGGACUCCCUUGCGCCCCCUGGUGAUGAUUACAUGUGCCAACCUGAUGCCCCUGGACCCUCCACUAAGUGAGAAUGAGAGCUUUGACUUGCUAAAGGUGUGUGUAAACAGUGUUUUUUCUCUGCCACCCGACACACACACUCCAGAGAAAACUAAAGACGAGGAGAACCUCGACCCCAAGCAGAGAAAGGCUUUGUACAAAGACACAUUGGCUGCUUUGCAGGAGCUUUUGAGGAGCAUGCUGGCCAGGGAUCCCAGCCCUGAUGGCUUUCAGAGUAUCUUUAAGCACAUUGAAUCAUGGCUGGGCUCUGUGCACGAUCAUGAGAGGGAGAGGGCCAUUACAGCCACCUCUAAUCUACUGGCUUACUACCUGCAGAACCUGAAUGUUAAGAGUAUGGUGUCUUUCCACAACCUUGGAGCUCUGCUGGGUCGACUGUCUCCCCGCUGCUCUGACCCUCAACUGGCUGUACGAGCUGCUGCUGUCAACUGCAUUUACACACUACUUGGUAUACAGCUACGAUAUGAAGGAUUCUCUUUGGAUUAUAAAGAUGAAGCUGUUGAAAGUCUGCCAUCUUUAAAAGAAGCACUCGAAAAUCCUGACCAUUCGGUGCUUUACAAGACCUGUUCAGACCUCACAAAGGUAAUGAGUAAGCGUCUGCCUCAGCAACAGCUGACAACACUGGUCUUCAUGUUGUUUGAAGGGCUGGUCGACAGUCAAACAAACUGCUGCAGAGCUUCAUCCGUCAUCUUAAAUACUCUGCUAAAAAACAGGGGAGCCGGAUUACAAGAUCUGGUCCCAGAAAUGUUGGAGGUUCUGCAUGUGCGUCUGCAAAGCAUCACAGAGGAGCAGGUGAGAGUAGCAGUGGGACAGACUGUACUAAUCCUGGCUUCUCAACAUCUGCAGACUGUCAUUAAUGUUCUCGUUAACCAACCACUUCCCUAUGACAGCUGGACCAGUGAGAUGUGGAUGGCUUUGGGAGCAGAUCCCUUUGUAGCCAGUCAGAUCAUAGAGAUGGUGAUGGAGAAACUCGUCAUCAUGGCACCCUAUGUUGACAAGAAGGAGUCAAUGAUGAGAGGAGGCAUGACAAAAGUGGCCACCAAUCAGCCACUGGCUAUGACAUGUGGUCUGAAGGAGUUGUUGUUAAAUGGUCAGAGUCAGGAGCCAGCAGUCAGUCUGUUUCCUCAACUCUUCUCCUGUCUGACCAUCAGGCUGGGAGCGAGCGUCGGAGUCAUGCCACCCAAGGACAAAACUCAUAAACACUCUGGGUCCCUGCAUGUAGCAGGGGUUGCAGCUGAGGCUCUGAGAAUCCUGUUAGCACGAGCUCAGUUAGAUGAGGUGAUGAAACGACUGGAUGAAGAUAAUGCCUGGGAUGCAUUGAAGGAGCAAAAUACACACAUAACUGGGGUAACGCUGUUGGCAAGAGCAUUGGCAAAGCAUGCUGGUCCCAGAUUGCCUGCAAUCGCAGAGUGUCUUUGUCCGUCCCUGAACAAUAUCUAUGAAAGUCAAAGAAUUACUGUCACCGCUUUCUUUUCUGAGCUUUUGAACCAUCAUGUGGUGACUGAGCUGAUGCUGAUAGACGUGUUAAUGAACAACAUGAUGGAGAGGAUAUCAGAUCCCUGCUGCACAGUUCGCAUGCUGGCUGUGCGAGGACUGGGCAACAUAGCAGUGGGAUCACCAGAAAAGGUGAAUAAAUAUGCCAAGGAGCUGCUUGCAGCCAUGAGCUCAGGAAUGGAGGAGAAAGAUGAUCCGGGUAAACUGAUUACCCUUGAGGCCAUGUCUGGUCUUUCUAAAGUUCUUCUCCAUCUGGACAAGAAGAAUGUCCACUUACUGGUUGUUUACAUCUUCAUGAAGAUUAAACCUUUCUUAGAAAGUGACAAUGAUGAUAUCCGUUGUGCUUCCAUACUUCUAAUGGGCAACCUGUCCAAGUUUGGCUCAGGGGAGCAAGUAUUUAAAGACCAGAUUCAUAAUGUUCUGGUCAGCUUACUGUUGCACCUGGUGGACCCAAACGCACAUGUGGUCAAGGCAUGUAAAUAUGCGAUGCGAGUGUGUGCUCCUGUCGUUGGAUCGGAGCAGAUCACAACCAUGUUUCAGAAUCACCUGCAUGAGGACAAGAGUUUGCAUUAUGGAGAGUUCAUCAAUGAUCUCACAAAGUACCUGAUUCAGGACUUUCCCGGCAUGCUGAACUUCUACCACAUCUCAGUCAUCCAGUUCUUCAAGAGCAACUGGCCUGAAGUCAGAGCUGCAGCUGCCAUGUUUAUAGGGUUCCUCCUUGGGAAUAUUCAACAGGAGCACCUCUCUCACCUCAACAUGGGCACUAUCUCCAAAGGUUUAGUGAUGCUGCUCCAGGAUCCAGAUCCAGUGGUGAGAAUGAAGGCAGCUGAAGCUAUGGGACACUUCCACUGACACACGUCGGCUGGGGAAAGGAGUAAUUAAAGUUAAUAGAAAAUGAGGAAAUUUGAAUUUAUAUUUUAGAAAAUAUUCUGCACAUCAUGUUAAUAGUGCAGGCAUUAUAUAAAACUGUCCUAAAAACUUGACGUCAACGUCUAUGAAAACCAAACUGGACCAAGACAGGCAAAACUAGCCGGAGAGUAAAUAACCAUUGUUAUUUAUAUUAUUAUAUCAAACAAUGAACAGUGAAAAUUAAUUGUCAUAAAAAUGCACAUCCAGUUAAGAGUUAGCAGCUUCUUCCAGCUUGUUUUGACAUUUCACUGAUACUUGACAGAGAUAAUGUUUAAAUUUAUUUUAGCGACCAACAACUGUGUCUAUAGUGUUUACUGCUCAGUGUAACACCAGAUAUAUAUAUAUAUAUAUAUAUAACGUUUCUAACACUGAAACAGACAAAAUGAAGUUAUUCCAAAGGGUAACAUGUUCAACAAUGAGUUAGUAUUUUAUAUAGUCUCUGAAAAUCUUCAUGCAAGUGUUAUUUGUAUUCAGAUGAUACUUUAAUAUCAGUUUGCUUGUAGCUAAAUAUUGUAAUCAUACCAUUGUUUUGUAAUAAAAGUGCAUGACCGAUUUAGUUUUGCACACUCAUAGAUGUAUUUAAACAUAUUUACAUUAACUUAUAAUUCCCAUAUAGAAAAUUUAACGUUAGUAGAACUGAACUCUGCAGAAGUACAACAGAUGCCAGAUUCAAAGUAUUAAAGUUAAAAACUUCUUAGCUGUUUUUAUGGUUUUGCUCAGUGGUCUAUUUCCUAAAGGUAUUACAUCAGCCAGCAAUAACUAAACAACAGCUAGUCAAUAACUAUGUUUUUGAUAACUAGCAUGAUUUAUUUUUGCAAAUAGUUGUACAUUAGAUGCGAACGGGCUUGUUUACAGCAGACUUGUUGUGCCAGCAAGGUGUUGAACGCUUUUAACAAAUUAGUUUCAUACUCCAGCAGCAUUACUAAACCAAUUGUUUUUAAACUGCUACAACAACAUCUCAAAGCCCUGUGAAACCUCUUCAUGUGUUGGAUUGUUUUUCUUAUAAGUCUAGGUACAUUCCGUUAUUCUGUUUCAAUCCACACUGCCCCUCUGUGUACAUUUCUUGAAAUCACCUCAAUUUCCAACAGUCUGCAUAACUCAUAAGCACAAUCAGUCAUAUUAUUAGACAGAUAAUCAUUGUGUUGUGGUAAUAAUCGGCUAAAACAUGUUAACAACUUUUAGCUGGCCACUUUGUGAGGGAGAACAUCCCACCAUAACCAUACUCUCACCAGUGCCAAAUGUUUAUUAUAAUAACAACACUGUAGCGAUACUUUAAAUAACUUCCAAUGUCCCUUCUGAUCCAGGUAGUUUUCUCAUUUAAAUCUGUGCAUGUGUUUUAGAGGACACUUUUGCCUUCAUGGUAGCAAAUGAAUGUGUUAGAAUAGAGAGUGGGGAGUUGUGUGUCCCUAAAUAAACAUGUAUCAUUAUUAAGACCAAUAAGCAGGUGAAGGUAGUACAUUGUUUCAUAUGAAGUAUACCUCAAUUUUCUGUUGCACUUUGAGUUCUGACAUGCAGUCCCUGAUCUGAGAGCUUCCAGGCAAGCUGCCAUUAAAUCCCAUCAGUAACCAUUUACUGGUGUAGUACCUGACUAUUGUUUUAGGUCCCCCUGUGUUGUAUCCAUCCUGUUCUUCUGAAAGUGAUAUCUGGGUGAUGAAAAAUGAAGACACCUACAGUUGUCACUUUAGUUAUCAGUUUAUUUGGCCACACCACCAAAUCUUCAAAUAUGACAGCAAGCUCCUCCUGAAUUAAGUCUUAAAAGUUCUUCAAACAGGGACUCAUGUCUUAGUAAAUGUAACACUAGGGUUCAAGAUCAGUUCUAGUCUGGUAGGAUUUUGUUUUUGUUUAUAUUUUUGUUAUAUGUUGAAUAUUGGACAAUGUAUCUCUAAUGAUGGUACUAUUUCAAAUAAAUGUGCUGUUGUGUGGAUGUCUAUUUUCAUGUGCUGCAGAAGAGCUUGUGGACAAUGCCUUUCAUUGUAUUCAAAAAUAAAGGAGUAAAAUUAUCUAUAA